AACGAAAAACUAUUCUUAUCCUUUAGUGGAAAUUUACAUGUACAACAGAACAGAAGAUAAAAAAAUUGAAAAGCAACGGCAACAAGGAACGUGCCAUUAAUACUAUGUAAAUAUUUUCCGCCCCCGUUAGCAGAGUAUAAGUCAACGAAGUUUUUCGGUAAUAAUACGACCACUGCUCUUGCUGACAUCAACAUCGCUACUCGGUAACCAACAGUUGUGAUUUUCCAUCUCUCUUUCAUUCCAUAUUGAAGAGAUAUUUUCUGUUUUUAUUAAAUUAUAAUUGGUAAAUGGAUGUUCUGUUGGAAACUGAAGUCUCCGUAAUUCAUAACAAUAGCUGACGGAAUGGAUUGCUAAAUUGAAGAUAAUAAAAACGGAUGCAUAAUUACAUAACUGAAUUCCUGUUUAAAAUCAAUAAGUUAUUCUAAUUACAUACGCUAUUUGCCCCGCUCGAUUUUGAAUAAAGACUAAUUCGGCGACAGGUGAAACUAACCAAAACUACGAAAUUGUAUGGAAAUACUAUAAUUCACUUAUCAGCAGUGAGCUUGUAAUAUUGUGACUACCUUGGCUGCUUCAGCUGUUCUGACUUAUUAGAUACCUGAGAUGUUACCGUGCGCUAAUUGAAUCAGCGAAUUUUUAAAAAUAUUUGUUAAGUAAUGGCUCGGCCCGUAUAUGAAACACACUUAGUUCCGAUUGUGGUUGGCAUUGCGGCUGUAGUGGCUGGUGCUGCAAUCAUUCAUUAUCUGCUCAAUAAGAAGUCGUCGAAAAAGCGUCCCGAACCCAAUCGAACUGCACGUCUGCGGACUUUAGUAGACCCGAAUGACAAAUAUCAACUGCCACUAAUUGAAAAGGAGGUUUUAAGCCACGACACACGCCGUUUCCGCUUUGGAUUGCCAUCCAACCAACAUGUUCUUGGUUUGCCCGUAGGUCAGCAUAUCCACUUAAUUGCUACCAUCGAUAACGAAUUGGUAAUUCGACCAUAUACGCCAAUAUCAAGUGAUGACGAGGUCGGUUACGUUGAUUUGGUCAUUAAAGUAUACUUUAAAAAUGUGCACCCUAAAUUCCCGGCUGGCGGCAAAAUGACACAAUAUUUAGAACAAAUGAACAUAGGUGAUAAAAUUUCGUUCCGUGGCCCCUCUGGACGGUUACAAUAUCAGGGACAAGGCCGAUUCCAAAUCAAAAAGCUUCGCAAGGAUCCACCAAAGACAGUUAUAGCCAAGCGUGUAAAUAUGAUAUCUGGCGGCACAGGCAUCACCCCAAUGCUGCAGUUAAUACGCGAUGUUCUAAAGCAUAAUAAUAAAGAUAAAACUGAGCUCGCGCUGUUGUCUGCUAAUCAGACUGAGGCGGAUAUUUUACUGCGUAAUGAACUGGAUGAUCUAGUAAAAAGAUAUCCGGACCAACUGAAAGUGUGGUAUACGGUUGACAAAGCUAGUGAAGGCUGGGCCUAUAGUGAUGGAUAUGUCAAUGAUGAAAUGAUACGAUCUCAACUUUUUCCACCGAGUUCAGACACUCUUUGUUUACUGUGCGGACCACCGCCGAUGGUGAAUUACACUUGCAUACCUGGAUUGGAGCGCAUUGGCCACCACGCAGACAUGCGCUUUAGUUAUUAAACUAAUAAAAAUAGGGAGUUUAGUAAAAAUUUCGCUAAAUGCGUGUAGGGUUGGACCUAUGGAGUGGGGUUCAUAAACGAAGAGAUGAUUGGGCAGCAUCUUUUUCCGGCCUCGGAGGAUACUUUGGUGUUGAUGUGCGGCCCACCACCAAUGAUUAAUUUCGCUUGUAAUCCCGCUUUGGAUAAAUUGGAAUUCCAUCCAGAUACAAGAUUCGCAUAUUAAAUUCAAAGUGCAUUUAAAGAAUUGUUAAAUAUUAGGUCAAAUUGCGUGGAUAAAUUAAGUGUUGCCAACGCAAAUAAUAUGAUCUAUGUGCAUAUCUGUUUUAUUUCGGCUAUAUGUAUAUUCAAAAGAACUUUCUAUCAGAGUUGAAAAAAUUGUGUUAUUAAAAUUAAUUUAGAAACGCUACUUUUACCAUCUUGCAUACCUCUUCACCUAUGUUUUUGCAACGGAUUACAACACAUUUUCUUAUAUUGAAACUUUUCGAACAAAAAUAACUACAUAUAUAUUUGUGCAAAUAUUGUGAAUUCAUGAUUAAUACUAGGAACUGAAAAGAAGCUUUUGACGCAAAAUGUAAUUGUUAAAUCGUUAAGCAAGUCAGAGAAAUGGAAUAUAUUUAGAAUACUAAUGAAAACAAUUACUUCA